GGUAUUACUGUUCUCUUCUUUUUUGCUACAGGUCAUUCCAAUGCAAACCAUACAGUGGAGUCCAUGGAGAAAUUCAAUCAGUCUCAAGUGUCAGAAUUCAUUUUGCUGGGACUAACCAGCUCACAGCAUAUUCAGUUUCUUCUCUUUCCACUCUUCUGUACUAUCUAUGUAGUCACAGUUUUGGGUAACCUUCUCAUUGUUGUCACAGUGUUUUCCACCCCUAACCUGAGCACCCCCAUGUACUUUCUCCUUGGGAACCUCUCCUUGGUGGAUAUGAUACUUGCUUCCUUUGCCACCCCUAAGAUGAUUGUGAACUUGGUUAAAAAGCAUAAGACCAUUUCUUUUGCUGGAUGCUUUACUCAGCUCUUUCUUCUUCACUUACUGGACGGGGCUGAAAUGGUCCUGUUGGUCUUCAUGGCGUAUGACAGGUAUGUGGCCAUUUGUAAGCCUCUACACUACAUGACCAUCAUGAACAAGAAGGUGUGUAUGUUGCUGGUAGUGGCCUCAUGGCUCUUAGGUCUACUUCACUUAGGGCUUCAGAUACCUUUUGUUGUGAACUUGCCUUUCUGUGGUCCCAAUGUGGUGGAUAGUAUUUUCUGUGAUCUUCCUCUGGUUACUAAGCUUGCCUGCAUAGAUACAUAUAUUGUACAGGUUGUCAUUGUUGCCAACAGUGGGAUGAUCUCCCUGAGCUGUUUCACAAUUUUGCUUAUCUCCUACAGUCUUAUCCUCAUUACCAUUAAGAACCAUUCUUCUACUGGGUAGUCCAAAGCCCGAUCCACCUUGAUGGCUCACAUUACAGUGGUGAUUCUCUUCUUUGGCCCGUGCAUCUUCAUCUACAUCUGGCCCUUCAGCAACCACUCUGUGGAUAAGUUCCUUGAUGUAUUUUACACCAUCGUCACUCCUAUCUUGAAUCCAAUUAUCUACACUCUGAGAAACAGAGAAAUGAAGACAGCCAUGAAAAUCUGGAGUGCUUUUGUGGGUUCCAAACAGGUUACAUAA